AUUUGCUUGUGAGAUGCCGAGCGAUGCACAGUUCGCGUUGGCCGGUUGUUGAGUUUGUCACUCGACGGCCGAACUGGCGGAACGGGUUGGCCUCGGCAGUUCACCAUUUUUUUCGAGAAUGACAGCGAACUCAAGGAAACCUUCAGCUUAGGCAUGAUUGUGUUGCAGCCGGUGCCGCGUGACUCGCUGGCGGGCAUCAACCGACCGAGCUCCCUGGAAGAUGCAGUCGCCAGAGAACGAGCGGUGUUUUGGACAGCCAUUUUCGAGAUCAGACGUAGCGAUCGUGGGAUCCUGGUGCCCGUGCAUCAAUGGCGACGGUGGUGCAAGCGAUUUGACCGAGGCGGCCUUGGUUCCUUCGCGAGUUGUUUGAAGGCAUGGGAACCUGGCGCUGGCUGGACGAGCAGCACAAGCAUGGUCACUCCUUAGUAGCGAUCGAAGCACUCCAACUUGUUUUCCCCACUACUGUCGGAAGCUAAGCCUUAUCGCGUGGCCACAGUUUUUAGUUGAAAAAGCACUGCUCGCCGAGCAGAACUGUGCCGUCACAUGCGUACCGCUUGCUAGCCGGACCGAAUGGGUCCACAACGUGUGGGGCCUGCGCAAGUCGCUGCGGGCGGACACCAUAGUAACGGUGACGCUCUGAGUCAACUGCCCUUGCAUACGGACAACCAUCAACCUGCUGUCACCGCAGUUUCCGGCGACUGCCUCAACUCAAGCAUCUUGGCCAUCGGUUUGACCGCAACGGGAAAUCGUUUCGAUGGGGAAGAUACCGCUGGUCCGAAUACAGGGCAGAGAUCGGAUUCCUUUUCUUCGCCUCCUCUACAUGUGCAUGGCAUAACCUGCUGUGCAGCCUGCAGCGCGUGCCAUUUCCCAAAGUGAGCUCAAGCUCAACAACCGGCCAGACCAGGAAACGCCGCUUUGAGACCAGCAGGGCUUGCGAUGACUACAGCUCUGCUGUACGAACGAGUAUCAACAUCUCUCGUGUUUUGUCGUAGCACGUCGAUAGUAGAUAUUCAUGAAAACUAGGCUGGUAAAAUAAAACUGUUCUCAGUUUAGCUAGUACCC